CUUACAGAGAUACACUUAAGAAUAGAAUUAUAGCAACAAUCUAGAAGUAGAUGCAACAAUACCAACUGCAUGCAUCAUCAUUGGUAAUUGAAUUGUAUAAUAUAAGUUCCCAUCUUUAUUGACGAACAACAGAUAACAACCCAACACCUACCCUUACUUCCAUUUCUUAGUUUAAAAAUCCCCUUCUUCUCAUCUCUUCCACUUCACCUCUCUCCUUAAUUCCUCCAUACACACACAAACAUUCAAAAAAAAAAAAAAUUGAGAAAAGAUGGUGAACUUGGUAGCAGCACAAAAGCCAUUGUUGCAUGGCCUAAUGAAAUUGGCUGGAAUCAAACCUCAUAGUAUAGAGAUAGAGCCAGGCACAAUUAUGAACUUUUGGGUUCCUUCUGAAACCAUAAUUCAAAAAACAAAGAAAAACAAAAAAAUCACAACCACCACUCCUUUCUCCAACAACCAAUGUUCCAUUUCCCCUGAAUCCACCAUCAAACCCGACCCGAACAAACCCGUAGUCGUACUAAUCCACGGCUUCGCCGGCGAAGGAAUCGUGACGUGGCAAUUCCAAAUCGGCGCAUUAACUAAAAAAUACUCUGUUUAUGUACCGGACCUACUUUUCUUCGGUGGAUCAGUUACGGAUAGCCCCGAUAGAUCCCCGGGUUUUCAAGCAGAGUGUUUGGGUAAAGGAUUGAGGAAAUUGGGCGUGGAGAAUUGCAUAGUGGUUGGGUUUAGUUAUGGAGGAAUGGUGGCGUUUAAGAUGGCCGAAAUGUUUCCUGAUUUAGUUGAGGCGUUAGUUGUGUCUGGUUCGAUAUUGGCUAUGACUGAUUCGAUUAGCACUACGACACUUAAUGGUUUGGGAUUUUCGUCUUCUUCGGAGCUGCUGCUGCCUACUUCUGUUAAGGGUCUUAAGUCCCUGCUAAAAGUGGCUGCUUAUAAGAAGCUUUGGUUCCCUGAUCGCCUUCACAGGGAUUUUCUCGAGGUAAUGUUCACCAACAGAAAAGAAAGAGGAGAGCUACUAGAAGGCUUGGUGGUGAGCAACAAAGAAACAACUAUUCCAAAUUUUCCACAGAGAAUACAUCUCCUCUGGGGUAAAAAUGAUCAAAUUUUCAAUUUGGAGCUUGCUCAGAACAUGAAACAUCAACUAGGCGACAAGACUACAUUUCAUGGCAUUGAAAAGGCAGGCCAUCUGGUUCACCUAGAACGACCUUGCGUUUAUAACAAGUGUCUCAAGCAGUUCCUUACUUCCCUGCAUGCAGAAAAAGCCCAAAACUGAAGGACAGUACCACAAAGUUCACUAUCUUAUAUCAUGUAACUUUUUGUCUAUGGAAAGCAAAACAACUUCGUGUUUCCUCUGUAAUAUUAGUAACUAUGUAAUGUGGGGUUGAGACUUUAAAAUUGCUGUCUUAAUACAAAUAUAUAUUGCAAAAUGCAUAUUUU